GCCGCGCGGGGGUGACGGCGGGCAUUGCGGGGCCCUUUCUCCUUCCUCCUCCUCCUCCUCUUCCUCCUUCGCUCGCCCCGGCCGCCGACCCCCGAGACUUUGUAGCCAGCAGCAACCCCGGGGCAUUUUCGAUGGAAAAUGAAGGUUGCACGUUUUAAAAAAUUACCAAAUGGUGAAAAUGAGACAAUGAUUCCUGUAUUGACAUCAAAAAAAGCAAGUGAAUUACCAGUCAAUGAAGUUGUAAGCAUUCUUCAAGCUGAUCUUCAGAAUGGUCUAAACAAAUGUGAAGUGUGUCACAGGCGAGCUUUCCAUGGGUGGAAUGAAUUUGAUAUCAGUGAAGAUGAGCCGCUGUGGAAGAAGUACAUCUCUCAGUUUAAAAAUCCCCUUAUAAUGCUGCUUCUGGCAUCUGCAGUCAUCAGCGUGUUAAUGCACCAGUUUGAUGAUGCCGUCAGCAUCACUGUGGCAAUACUUAUCGUAGUUACAGUUGCCUUUGUUCAGGAGUAUCGUUCCGAAAAAUCGCUUGAGGAAUUGAGUAAACUUGUACCACCAGAAUGUCAUUGUGUGCGAGAAGGGAGGUUGGAACAUACGCUUGCACGAGAUCUGGUUCCAGGGGAUACAGUUUGUCUGUCUGUAGGAGACAGAGUCCCUGCUGACCUACGCUUGUUUGAGGCUGUGGAUCUUUCAAUUGACGAAUCCAGUCUGACUGGAGAGACAACCCCCUGCUCUAAAUUGACAACGCCUCAGCCUGCGGCUGCCAAUGGAGACCUCACCUCCAGAAGUAACAUUGCUUUCAUGGGAACUCUGGUCAGGUGUGGCAAGGCAAAGGGAAUUGUCAUUGGAACAGGAGAAAACUCUGAAUUUGGCGAGGUUUUUAAAAUGAUGCAAGCAGAAGAAGCUCCGAAGACACCACUGCAGAAGAGCAUGGAUCUUUUAGGAAAACAACUUUCUUUUUAUUCCUUUGGCAUAAUAGGUAUUAUCAUGCUGGUUGGCUGGUUACAAGGAAAACAUAUCCUGGAUAUGUUUACUAUUGGCGUGAGUCUGGCUGUAGCUGCCAUUCCUGAAGGCCUUCCCAUUGUGGUAACUGUGACUCUGGCUCUUGGUGUCAUGAGGAUGGUGAAGAAAAGGGCCAUUGUCAAAAAGCUGCCGAUCGUUGAAACUCUAGGUUGCUGUAAUGUGAUUUGUUCCGAUAAAACGGGGACGCUGACCAAGAACGAAAUGACCGUGACUCACAUCUUUACUUCGGAUGGGCAGCACGCGGAGGUUACUGGGGUAGGCUACAAUCAGUUAGGUGAAGUCAUACUUGAUGGAGAUGUUGUUCAUGGAUUCUAUCACCCAUCCAUCAGCAGAAUUGUUGAGGUGGGCUGUGUGUGCAACGAUGCUGUAAUUAGGAAUAGCACUUUAAUGGGAAAGCCAACAGAAGGAGCCUUAAUUGCUCUUGCAAUGAAGAUGGGUCUUGAUGGACUGCAGCAGGACUAUAUAAGAAAAGCAGAAUAUCCCUUUAGUUCUGAGCAAAAAUGGAUGGCCGUGAAGUGUGUGCACAGAACACAACAGGACAACCCAGAAAUUUGUUUUAUGAAGGGUGCUUAUGAACAAGUGAUUAGAUACUGUACCACGUACAACAGCAAAGGACAGACCUUGGCACUCACUCAGCAGCAGAAGGAUGUCUACCAGCAGGAGAAGUCCACCAUGGGCUCUGCAGGACUCAGAGUUCUUGCCUUGGCUUCCGGCCCUGACUUGGGACAGCUGACAUUUCUGGGCCUGGUGGGGAUCAUUGAUCCUCCCAGAACUGGAGUGAAAGAAGCAGUUACCACGCUCAUUGCUUCAGGAGUGUCCAUAAAGAUGGUGACGGGAGAUUCCCAGGAGACUGCGAUUGCCAUUGCCAGUCGCUUGGGGUUGUAUUCCAAAAAUUCCCAGUCAGUUUCAGGAGAAGAAAUUGAUGCAAUGGAUGUGCAGCAGCUUUCACAAAUAGCACCAAAGGUCGCAGUUUUUUACAGAGCCAGUCCAAGGCACAAGUUGAAAAUCAUUAAGUCCCUCCAGAGUAAUGGUUCGGUCGUAGCGAUGACUGGAGAUGGAGUUAAUGAUGCCGUCGCCUUGAAGGCUGCAGAUAUCGGAGUAGCAAUGGGACAGACAGGAACAGAUGUUUGUAAAGAAGCUGCAGAUAUGAUCCUGGUGGAUGAUGAUUUUCAAACAAUAAUGUCUGCAAUUGAAGAGGGUAAAGGGAUUUACAAUAACAUUAAAAAUUUUGUUAGAUUCCAGUUGAGCACGAGCAUUGCUGCAUUAACUUUAAUCUCGUUGGCCACAUUAAUGAACUUUCCCAAUCCUCUCAAUGCCAUGCAGAUUUUGUGGAUCAAUAUUAUCAUGGAUGGGCCUCCAGCUCAGAGCCUUGGAGUAGAGCCUGUGGAUAAAGAUGUAAUUCGUCAACCUCCAAGAAACUGGAAGGACAGCAUCUUGACCAAAAAUUUGAUUGUUAAAAUACUGGUUUCAUCCAUAAUCAUUGUGUGUGGAACUUUGUUUGUCUUCUGGAGAGAGCUACGGGACAAUGUGAUAACACCUCGAGAUACAACAAUGACUUUCACUUGCUUUGUAUUUUUUGACAUGUUCAACGCUCUCAGCUCCAGAUCACAGACCAAGUCUGUGUUUGAGACCGGACUCUGCAGUAAUAAAAUGUUUUGUUAUGCCGUACUUGGAUCCAUCAUGGGGCAAUUGCUCGUUAUUUAUUUUCCCCCACUUCAGAAAGUUUUUCAGACUGAAAGCCUAAGCAUACUAGAUCUGCUCUUCCUGCUGGGCCUCACGUCCUCGGUGUGCAUAGUAUCAGAAAUCAUCAAGAAGGUUGAGAGGAGAAGGGACAGGAGCCCAAAGAACGGCCCAUCGACGUCCUCCUCGUCCUCCUCCUCGUUUCUUGACGUGUGAUGCAUAUUGCAUUCUUAAUCUUCUGGCACUGCGGCCUGAGGUUGUGCUGGAGAGGCGACAUCGCGUGGGGGUUCUGAGGACGUGUUCAUAAUGUCUUCACACGAGCACUGACGUUAAAGACGGCUGGAGGAUUGAGCCUUCACCCACCUUGCCUGCUGCUGGGAGUCGCCAAUGAAUUAUGCAACUUGGAUAUAAUUUUCCUUGAUAAAAUUGGCUUUGGAGAUGGGAACUUUAUGAAGGAUGUGGGAGGUUAAUUUAAAACAAAAGAGGAUGAGGAAGGAGAAUGGCAAAGCCUGACCCACCUUCUGCACUUAAGAGGUCUGACUGUAUAGAUAAACUGUCCAUCUUAGAUAUAAAUAUUUUAGUUCUUUUUUAUUUUUAAAUAUUGUAUUCCUUUAUGGUGGUGGGGCUUUGUUACUAAUACAUGAAUAAAUUUAACCCUUUAAAAGGCAUUCUCUUCCAUUUAGACAUGGAGUCACAGGAGUGAGUGCCAGACUUCAGCUACUGUAUUUAUUUACUUUAUUUUGCCAUGUAAACAACUCCAGCUCUCGUCGCUGCCAUUUUGGUAUCCUAUUGGGUGUUUUGCACAGGAUGUGACCACUGUCGGAUCACUGUUUUCUUUUCUUUCUUUUUGUGAUUGAAAAGCCGAUUCUGCGAUUUGAAGUAAAUGUUUGCUUUUCGUAGUAGGUGUA